UGUUAUGUAAGGACAGGCACUGGUGUGAAGUAAGUGUGUGUCUGGUUGGCACGUGUGACGUCACACGAAUUAUCCGCCCGUGGCCCUGGAGCCGUGUGUUAGGUGUGUAAGUGUAUUAGCCUAAUCCUGUGGAGAUGUGCUCCACACUGAUCCCAGCAUUAACGUAGUCACACACACACACACUCAGACAGACAGACACACACACUCAGACACAUGGAUGAAGAUGCACUGUAGAUGUGGCCUGUUGUGAUGGAUCUAUUCGAAGCCAGAGGAGCCCAGAUUCACUCAGCUCCUCCACACUGAGCAGCACCAUGUCAGGACUGAACUCACUGGUGUGGAGCUUCCUGCUGCUUUCUGCAGGAGCUCUCAGUGAGGAGACCGCUGAGGUGUGUGACUCCAGCCCGUGUCAGAACGGGGGUGUGUGUGUGGGUCUGGGUGAUGGGUACAGGUGUGAGUGUGUAGAUCAGCCCCGGGACGGGCUCCUGUACGGGGGGGAGAACUGCGCGGUGCUGCUGCUGGGCUGUGAGCGGCACCGGUGCCAAAACGGAGCCGCGUGCUCUCCGUACCUCAACAACGGACGCCACCGGUACCAGUGCUCCUGCCCCGUGGGCUUCACCGGGACCCGGUGCCAAACAUCCACCACCUUCUCCUUCGAGCACCGCGGCUUCCUCCACAUCCAGAGCCCUGUACAGGACACCACACUGACCCUGAACCUGACCCUGAGCUUCAGGACCGUCCAGAGCACCGCCACCCUGCUGCAGUGCCAGGUGAGCGAGCAGUACCUCACGCUGGAGCUACGGGACGGCCGCCUACGCCUCACCCUCCAGCAGGUCCAGGACAUCCACUCAGUCCUGGUGGAGCUGCUGCUGGAUGUCUCAGACGGCCUCUGGCACACCGUCCACGCUUACCUGAACACCGACGGCCUGCUGGGGGUCAGUCUGCUGGACCCCUCCUGCACCCUUGAGACCUGCCACAAGGUGGCGCUAGUGGAGGGGUCCGAAUCAAACUCCCUGCCUGAACUGGGCUCCGGCCUGCAGGAGAUCCAGAGCGUGUUUAUUGGUGGGACUGGGGAACAUCAGCAGGACAUUUACAGCAUAGAAGACGUUACUGUGGAGGGCGGACCCGGCUCUUAUUUCCUGGGCUGCAUGCGGGACGUCCGGCUCCACUCCCGGACGGUGGUUCCGGGAUCAGGGCUGAAUCAGGUCAACCUCAGCCUGGGCUGCAGCGAGAGGGAUACCUGCCAGGACGUCCCGUGUCUGAACAGGGGCAGGUGCAUCAGCCUGGGGUGGAGGAAACACACCUGCGAGUGCCAUCGACCGUACGAGGGGGACGACUGCUCUGAGGAGUACAUUGCUGCUCGCUUUGGAAACGAAGACCUGGAGAGCUACGCUGUGUUUUCCAUAGACGAUGAGCCUGGAGAGUCUUUCACCCUGUCCAUGUUUGUGAGAACCCGUCGGCUGCAGGGUCUUCUCCUGGUGCUUUCCAACAGCACCAGCCAGUACCUCCGGCUGUGGCUGGAGGACGGAAAGGUCAAAGCUCAGGUCAACAACUUUGAAAGCCUGCUGAGCCGGGACAGCAUUAACGACGGCCACUUCCACCUGCUGAGCGUGUUCCUGCAGCCGGGGAGACUGAGCCUCACCCAGUCUGCCAAACCCCAGGGCAGCAUGGCCACCCGGAGGCUCACGGUCCAGGCUGGAGACGCCGUGCACGUUGGAGGACUGCCAGACCGUAAAGCCUCCUUGGCUUUUGGAGGUUAUUUUAAAGGCUGCAUCCAGGACUUAAGGCUGGGCUCCAGGCGCCUGCAGUUUUACUCCAUCAACAGCACAGUCAGCUCUUACACCCUGGACACCAUGGUGGAGGUGACCCGCGGCUGCACCGGAGAUAACUCCUGCAAUAAAAAUCCCUGUCUGAAUGGCGGCGUGUGCUACUCCAUGUGGGACGACUUUACCUGCAGUUGUCCUCCCAACACAGCAGGGCGGCGCUGUGAGGAGGUGAAGUGGUGUGAUCUCUCUCCAUGUCCCUCGUCUGCGUCCUGUCAGACACACAGCCAGGGCUUUGAGUGUGUUUCGAACGUGACUCUUCGUGAAGGCAGUACUGUAAUCACACACAGAGGCAACGGAAAGAUCCGGCGGCUCCUGUCCAGCGUCUCCCUGAGUUUCCGCACCAGGAAGCGGGAUGCUACCCUGCUUCACGCCGAGCACCGGUCCAAGUUCAUCACUGUCUCUCUUCAGAAUGAACAUCUGGUUCUGGAGCUGCAGGUCGGAGAGGCUGCCCCCUUGCUGCAUGUACAGAGCCGGAUGGCACUGAGUGAUGGACUCUGGCACAGUGCCGUUCUGAGCAUGGACAGUCCUGCUCUUCAAAACUCCACCUGGACUAUGGUUGUGGACCAGCGACAAGAAGAAGCCUCAGUGUCUUCUGUAGCGUCUGGAAAUCUGGACUUCCUAAAAGAAGACGUGGACAUCCUGCUCAGUGGUUUGGGACCGUGGGCGAAUCUGGAGGGAUGUCUGGGUUGGGUGGAGAUUGGCAGACUUUCGUUGCCUUUCUACAGCCAGGCUGAGCUCAGUCUGCCCAGGCCUCAGGAGGAACAGUUUUUGAGGACUUCUGGAAGUCCACGCUUCGGCUGCCAGGGGUCCAGGGUGUGUGAACCCAACCCUUGCCAGAACGGAGGGCAGUGCCAGGACCUGUUUGACCUAUUUCGGUGCCAUUGCCCCUCUGCCUGGGGCGGACGGGUCUGCGAGACUAAUGCAGACGCCUGCUUCUCAAACCCUUGCGUCCACGGUUCCUGCCACAUGGUCUCUGAGGGUUACGAGUGCUUGUGUGAGGCGGGAUACACCGGUCACCACUGUGAAGAAGAUGUGGACAUGUGUGCAGGACACAAGUGCAGCAACGGAGGGACCUGUCUAAGAGGUCUGAAACAAUAUGCCUGUCUCUGCCCGAGAAACACCACCGGACGUUACUGCAGAGAAAGAGUUCCAGAACUCCCAUGGUACAUCGACAGGAUCCCGUUUCCCAAGUUACAGGUCUCAGUCUGUGGGGACGAUAAGUGGAACUAUAGCUGCUUCAAUGGAGGAAACUGCUCAACUUCGGAGGGGAUGUGUGAUUGUAUGCCUGGUUUCACUGGACACUGGUGUGAGAUGGAGCUGGAUGAGUGCGCCUCCAACCCCUGCCUGAACGGAGGAUACUGCCGCAACCUCGUCAACAAGUUCCACUGCAUGUGUGAGAUGAGCUUUGCAGGGGAACACUGUCAGAUCGACGUCAGCGACUUUUACCUCUACGUCUUUCUGCUCCUGUGGCAGAACAUCUUCCAGCUGCUCUCCUACCUGAUCCUCCGCCUGGACGACGACCCCGAGAUCGAGUGGAACGCCGCCAACGAUGACUAGACACAGUAAUGAGGCCUGAAGGGGUUUAUUCUUCUUCUAUGUGUUUAACAAUGAGAUGGGAUGAAGAGCAUUCUCAAAAAACCCUUAAUUUUCCAAGAGGAUUUUUGUAGGACUGGCAACGUUGUAUAUAAGUGGUACAUUUGGGUACAGUAGAGUCCAUGAAGAAAAGGACACAGCAGGACAC